UAAAGCAAUAUGGCGUUCUAAGCACUACAUUUCAUUGAUCGGUACGGUUGAAUUAUUCCUUUUACGAUGCAGACAAGAGCUGUCGUGGUGAGAAAAGACGAAAAUGGUCAAAGGGUUUAUGAACUUCGUGAAUCGUUUGAGUGCCCACCACUAGAUGAAAAUAGCAUUGCUGUUAAGGUCAAAGCUUGUGGCUUGUCUCCACACUGUAACAAGAUUUUAGAGGAAUUUAAUUUGAUAAGCAAGAAGGAACAUCCAUUUGGAAGAGAAAUAUCAGGAAUUGUUACAAAUGUUGGAUCAGCAGUCACACGCGUUAGCAUUGGAGAUGAGGUGGCUGGCCUGCUUCCAUUAGAUUCAGCUGCAGCAGGAUGUGCAAACUUUUGUGUCUUAUCACAGUAUGAUGUUGCCAGGAAACCAGAGAAGGUGGAUCAUAUAGAUGCUGCUGGUUGCAUUGGUGAUGUUGUGAAAGCUUACACUGCACUAUACUACCAAGCCAGAGUAUGUGGAGGGGAGACGAUAUUGAUAUUCAAUGGGGCCUUGGCCAGUGGUGUUAUGGCCAUUCAACUUGCACAUAUUUGGGGGGCUAAGGUUCUUGCAACAGCAUCAUCAGAAGAAGAAGUUAUUUACCUUCAGAGUCUUCAACCACCAAUUGCAAAUGUAAUAGAUUUGAGGAAAACAAAGAAGUCCUUAGUAGAUAUUUGCAUGGAUGAAACUGGUGGACUUGGCGUGGACUGUGUGAUUGAUAAUGGAGUUCUACGGCAAGAUAAUGAUGUUAAAAUUCAGGGAUCAGGCAUUGGUUUAGCUGGCCAAAAUUCAGUCCCAUCUAAACACGAUGUGAUCUCCUGUCUUGGAGUAGCUGGAAGAUGGAUCACUUCUCAUCAAGAUCUUCAGUUGGACCCUCCUGAUUCUCAGAUGCUUUACCUAAAAGGAGCUGCGAUCAGUUUUCUUUUUGAACAUUCCUGGACUUUAUCUAGAGGUCAACAAGGAAGAUUUCUACACAUCCUCCAAGACCUAAUGGAUAAAUUGUCCAACUCAGUGAUAAGACCGGUCAUUCACCAUACUGUGUCUCUGGAGGAUGCCUGUGAAACCCUCUGGCAACUAUCUCAUCACACUGUGGGCAAAAUUGUCGUUAGGAUGUAAAUAUAACAAUUGGAGUCUGGAAAUAAAGAAUUAUAUUUUAUGGA